AUGGUGAAGUAUGGUCUAGUUGGUAAUGAUUGGCUGCAAAAUCUGUAUAAUCGACGGGAGAAAUGGGUUCCAGCUUACUUGUGGACCAUGUUUUGUGCAGGUAUGUCAACCACACAAAAGAGUGAGAGCAUGAAUAAAUUUUUCAAAGAUUAUAUUCGUUCAAGCACGAUGGUGAGUGACUUUGUGCAUCAAUACGAGAAAACCUUAGAUGCACGCUAUUUUAAGGAGAAAGAGAAGUAUGUGAGAACGAAAUCGACUAAAGCAGUUUUGAAAACAUGUUGGACAAUUAAAGAAGAGGCAACAAAAGUGUAUAUUAGGAAGUCUUUUGAAAUAUUUCAAGAUGUGCUAUUUAAUAGCCAACAGUACAAAGUUACCAAAGUUCAGAAAGAGGGUGAAAGUAAGAUGUAUGAGGUGGCACCUGAUGGCAAACAUAAACGUGUUUAUUAUGUGAAUUUGGAGAGUGGAGAAGCGAAAGCAAUAUGUACAUGUCAUAUGUUUGAGUUUCUUGAACUUGGCUCACAAUCAAGUUUUAGAAUGAACCACCUUUCUCUUACCUUAGAGAAGGUACACAAGAAGUUGCUUUUGAUGGAAGAUGUUGGAGACAAAAAUUUAGAAGUCGGAGAAAUGUCACGUAAUGAUUCUUGUAUGUUAAGAUCACAUGUAAUCUCAAAUUUCUCACAAACUGUACAAGAUCCUCAACGUGUGCCAACGAAAGGAAGACCGAAAUCUUUGAGAGCAAAGAACCCAGAAAAAACUCAAGCAGUGAAGAAAAUGCAUUGUAGCAUUUGUAAGAUUGAGGGCCAUACAAAGAACAAUUGCCCUUCGUUGGGGAAUCUUGGAAACAUAAAUGAAGAACUUGACUCACAAAUGGUGGAUCUUGAAGAACAUGACUUCAAUAUGGAAAGUGAUGGUGCUGUUGAAUUUUUGGGGUCAAUGUAUUUGGAUCUAUUUAUUUGA